AUGGAUAAUAACGCCGCAAAUUCGGAGAAAUCGCACCUGAUACACGAGAAGAAUGCCAAGAUGUAUUCACUAAAACUACAAAGCUCCUUUCCAGACUCCAAAGAGCAGUUCCCCGACUUCCCUUUUCAGAAUGGAGGUGUGGCCGGCGCCAUCGAGCUGAAACGACCCGUCGGUGCCCACUGCCACGGUGCCAAAGCCUCGGCGUGUGACGAGAGCGUGGACAAGAUGCUGGCCAAGAAGAAACUCUACAUUGCCUCGGCCAUCUGCCUCGUCUUCAUGAUCGGCGAGGUGAUAGGAGGCUACCUGGCCCACAGCCUGGCCAUCAUGACUGAUGCCGCCCACCUCCUCACAGAUUUUGGCAGUAUGAUGGUGAGCCUGUUCUCCCUGUGGAUCUCCUCCAGACCGCCCACCAAAACCAUGAACUUUGGUUGGCACAGAUCAGAGAUCCUCGGGGCGUUUGUCUCCGUCAUGUCCAUCUGGAUCGUGACGGGGGCUCUGGUCUAUUUAGCCACCGAAAGGAUCGUACGCAACGACUAUGAGAUUGAUGGCCAUGUAAUGUUAGUCACCUCCGGGUGUGCUGUCAUCGUAAAUAUUAUUAUGGCUUACAUCCUCCAUCACUCCACCACCUUCCACGCUCACGGCAGCGGUUAUCACCACAUCGACGAGGACGGUCAGAGCCCCGUCGCACACGGCCACGGCCACGCCCACACGCUUCUCGGCGGCCACGGCAACACGAGCGUCCGUGCCGCCUUCAUUCACGUGGUGGGAGACCUGCUGCAGAGUGUCGGCGUCAUGGUGGCGGCGAUCAUCAUCUACUUUCGGCCUGAGUACAAAGUUGCCGACCCCAUCUGUACAUUCCUGUUUUCUGUCUUUGUCCUCUGCACCACUGUCACCAUCCUCAGAGAUGUCUUCAGGAUACUCAUGGAAGGUUCUCCUAAAGGAAUAGAGUUUAACUCGGUGAAGGAGGUGCUGCUGUCUGUGAAAGCUGUGAAGUCAAUGCACAGUCUGCACCUCUGGGCCCUGACGCUGGGCCAGGCACUGGUCUCUGUUCACCUGGCCAUAGAGGAGGGUGCCGACCCUCAGUCUGUGCUGCAGGAGGCCACCGAUCUGCUCCACACCAAGUUCGGUUUCUACAGCAUCACCAUCCAGGUAGAGCUCUACUCUGAAGACAUGAGCCACUGCUCCCACUGCCAGGACCCCAGUGACUGA